CUCCAGUAUUAGCAUUACCGCGGUACAGGUUCCGUGUAACGCCAAGCCCCACAGAUAGCCGUCCUUCGCUUUUUGCAUUUAUGACUUUGUCAUCAUCGGCAACUAAGUUCUAAUUCUGCCGCUUUUUUGCCUCUUGACCGCCUUUUUUUCAGUUGAUUGUUAGCCACUGCCAGUCAAUCGAUUCCGGCCAUUGCAGUCGUUCUACCACCACCAAAGACUAUUCCAUCCACCCGUACCAAAAAUACAUCAACAGCCAAAGUAAAGAAACCCAAGCAGCAGCAGAAAUCCUCAAACAAACCAAAACAACCCAAAACGAAACGCAAUGACCUCACGCGAAGCCUACCAAAUCCCCUCCUCCGCCGGCGGCGCAGCUCCCGGCGGUGCAGCCUCGGGCACGCGGAGCAGCGCGUUCGACAUGGACGGCGGCGCGACCAUGCACUACAUCUGCGGCGACUGCGGGACCAAGUUUCCGCUGAAGCGCAACGACCCUAUUCGCUGCAAGGAGUGCGGGUGCCGCGUGUUGUAUAAGGAGCGCACUAAGAGGAUGGUGCAGUUCGAGGCGCGGUAACGGGCUACGCGGAAUAAAACGAAAUAGAACGAGAUGAUAGAUACGCUCCCGAUCCUUAAUAGUGAACCCUGAUGGUUGGGCGUCACAUUUGGCUAGUCACACGACUCAGAAACAGUUACGCGGCGAAGAUACUACGCCGUGAGCUACAUGUGGAAGCAGGACAGAUAUCGUUCUUAGGGUUUCGAUAGGAUUCUGUCUGUGUCGCUACAGCUCAUAGCAUGUAACCUGGAGUUUGGGCGUUAGUUUACUAGGGGAACAAAGAUAUUCAAGUCUCGAGG